GUUUUCAUCCCUCACAGUAGGUGGCGGCAUGCACACUAAAUUGUGCGAACGCCAAUAUACCAUAGAAUAAGGAAAAGAAGCGGCGGCAGCAGAAGACGCGAUCCAUGGUGGACAUCCCAUCGUUUCAACCGUUAACUCGGGAGAAGCCGAGUUAAAAUGGUUGAUAUUCGACCGGAGAAGCAUCCUCAAACUCACUUUAAGGUCGUCAACGUCGCUCUUGCAAUUCAUAUUAGUGUGUAUCUUGCCGCGUCGGAGCCAUGUUGGUGAAAGACAAGCUGGAGGCGGUGCUGAACGUGGGGCUGCGUGUCCCCAGCAUCAUGCUGCUGGAGGUACUUUACCGCUGGGAUGUCAGCUCCUUCUUCCAGAAGAUCCAGAGAAGCAGUCUCAACAACAACCCCCUCUUUCAGUACAAGUACCUGGCUCUCUACCUGCACUAUGUUGGUUACAUCCUCAGCCUGGUGCUCCUGACUCUGCCUCGUCAGCACCUGGUGAAGCUCUACCUGUACGUGCUCACUGCCCUGCUGCUCUUCGCCGGACACCAAGUCUCCAGGGAUUAUGUCCGCAGUGAGCUGGACUCCGGGUACGAGGGACCGCUCUACCUGGAGGCGCUGUCCAUGAACCGUUUCUCCACCGCCCUCAUAGCUCAGCUGGUGGUGUGCACCCUGUGCUCCUGCGUCAUGCAGACCAAGAGGAUCUGGUUGUUCUCUGCUCACCUGCUCCCCCUGGUGGCGCGCCUCUGCCUGGUCCCCCUGGAGACCAUCGUGUUCAUCAACCGCUUCGCCAUGAUCUUCACGGGCCUCGAGGUCAUCUACUUCCUGGCCUCCAACCUGCUGGUGCCCUACAACCUGGCCAAGACAGCCUACAGGGAGCUGGUGCAGGUGGUGGAGGUGUAUGGGCUGCUGGCUCUGGGGAUGUCCCUGUGGAAUCAGCUGGUUCUGCCCGUCCUCUUCAUGUGCUUCUGGCUGGUGCUGUUUGCCCUGCAGAUCUACACCUACUUCAGUAGCCGCGACAAGCCCACCUCCAGAGAGAGGUUGCUCUUCCUCUUCCUCACCAGUAUUGCAGAGUGCUGCAGCACCCCCUACUCCCUGCUGGGCCUGGUCUUCACCGUGUCCUUUGUGGCGCUGGGCGUCCUCACCCUCUGCAAGUUCUACCUGCAGGGCUACCGGGCCUUCAUGAAUGACAACACCAUGCAUCGGGGAAUGACGGAGGGCAUCACGCUACUGAUCCUGGCUGUGCAGACGGGUCUGAUUGAGCUGCAGGUCAUCCACCGAGCCUUCCUCCUCAGUAUCAUCCUCUUCAUCGUGGUGGCCUCCAUCCUGCAGUCCAUGCUGGAGAUAGCUGACCCUAUCGUACUGGCUCUGGGGGCCUCACGGGACAAGAGCCUGUGGAAGCACUUCCGGGCCGUGAGCCUGUGCCUCUUCCUGCUGGUCUUCCCAGCCUACAUGGCCUACAUGAUCUGCCAGUUCUUCCACAUGGACUUCUGGCUCCUCAUCAUCAUCUCCUCCAGCAUCCUCACCUCACUGCAGGUGCUGGGCACCCUGCUAAUCUACAUCCUGUUCAUGGUGGAGGAGGUCCGUAAGGAGCCCGUACAGAACAUGGACGACGUAAUUUACUACGUGAACGGGACCUACCGGCUGCUGGAGUUCCUGGUGGCGCUCGUGGUGGUGGCCUACGGCGUGUCUGAGACGGUGUUCGGGGAGUGGACGGUGAUGGGCUCCACCAUCAUCUUCAUCCAUUCCUACUACAACGUGUGGCUGCGCGCCCAGCUGGGCUGGCAGAGCUUCCUGAUGCGCCGAGACGCCGUCAACAAGAUCAAGAGCCUGCCCACCGCUUCCGACCUGCAGCUGGAGCAGUACAAUGACAUCUGUGCUAUCUGCUAUCAGGACAUGAAGUCUGCCGUCAUCACCCCCUGCAGUCACUUCUUCCACGCUGGCUGCCUCAAGAAGUGGCUCUACGUACAGGAGACCUGCCCCCUCUGCCACAAACAGCUGAAGAGCCAAUCACAGCCCGCCAAUGCCACCGCUGCCCCCGCCCAGGACAUUCUUCCAGCCAAUCCCAACCCAGCAGAGGCUGGGCAAGGAGAGCCAGUGGCCAGUGUGGCCGGAGAGAACAAAACAGUGACUCGGAACGGUGUUCCGGUUGAAGAGAGCCAAGCCAGAUCCUCUUCCUCCCAUGCUAACCCUGACCCAGAGCCUGAGGGCCAGGCAGAGGAGGCAGGUCCGUCACAGGGCUCAGGAGAGUCAUGUCUCAGGCAUCGCCAGCCCCAGCAGUCUGCCACCUGCCCUGAAGCAGCAUCAUCCACAGCAUGUGCAGCUGACCUCCAGUUAGAACUUCAACGGUCUGCCAGCCCCUGCUGCCUCUGAGCCUCGCUCAUGCACGCCUCCUCACACACAGCUAAAGACUGUUCAUCCUCAAGUGGCUAAUACGUACGACUUCGCCAUGACAGGUGAAAUGUUGGACUUUCCCUAUUGCCACUAUCCAACACCUUCCCCUUAACAAACUCUUAUCUAUUUGUUGCCUGUUACUUAAAGUAUGGUCUUAAAUGUCAUUCAUUAACAUUUCAUGGUUAAUUCAUUUCAUUCAAGUACAUUUCAUGGUUAUUAAUCCUAUAGGAUUUCAUGUAUGAAAUCUGACGCAGACUUGAGUGAUGCCAUACUGAACCUCCAUAUAAUUUCACUGAGAAAUCUGCAUCGAUUUCUCUCAGUUAGCAUCAAAAUAAGUCAGUAGCCGUGCAUGAGCCUUGGCUUGUGCUAGCCGGAACGGCUCAUAGGAGCAGGAGCCUAUCUCCUGUUUCUGAAGCGUGAGGUCGGCCGACGUACAAGUACACCCCCUGGACAGGACGCUAAUAGUCUAUCGCAGGGCUUUACCCUCAAUCGAUCUCUGAAACUCUUGAGUGCCAAGCAGAGACUAAUUGGUGUUCCCAUUUUUUAAUCUUUAUCGUAUGACUCGGCCGGGGAUCAAACUCACAACCUUCCAAUCUCAGGGCGGGCAAUAACAACACGGCCACUGAGUUAGAUGAACAACAAAAUGCAGCUAUUUGACAGUUGACAGUCAUUAUACUGUACAUCUAUCUAGUGUAAGGCAAACAGUCCAAAUGUAACAUUUGAGAUGUCAUUAACUCUCGUUCAACAUAUUUCACACACCUUUCCCCCUCUUUAGGUCACUUAACGUUAGUUAGCUCACUAUUUUGCCACUCCCAGGUGUUUUCCCUCCCUCACCGUGGUGAUCUGUUGCACAACAACCAGGUAAGGGCACAGGGUGGGAAAGGCGCUGUGGAGGUCGGAGACACAAACACACACCGGAUGUGUGGUUGACAUUCAUAUACUGAAGAGAACAGACAUAGCACUUGACGUAGAAGCUUUAUACGCACGCUUAGGCUUGCACGCUGUCACCACCUGGUAGCCGUAGGAACGUUUAUUUUCAUGUUAUGUAGCCCACGUGUUAUGACAUUUGCACUAAUGUCAUUUAUAUAGCGACGUUCCAAAGUAGUUUUUUUUUUGUCAGGUACUAAAUAUUUUUGGUUUGUACGAGGAAAGACCUAUAAAUGUGUGUGUGUGUAUAUAACCGUUCAUAUAUUAUAUGAAAAGGACUUUUGAUAUGCCUCUGCCAUAAAGUGUUAAAGCUGCACCGCCCAAAUAUGAAGUGAUCUGAGGCUUGUGUGAACACUUCAGUGUCCUCUAUAGGUAUAAGUGUGAAGGGUUGAAGGUCACAGAUUGAGAGAGGUUGUCAGCGCUGAAUUUACCUUCAACAGUAUUUUGUUGGGCAUUUGUUACAGCUUUGAGAAUGAAUACAUGUUAUGUAUGAUCAAACUUGCAAAUGCUCCAUUUUUUUUUAUUAAGUUGUAGCGAGUUGGUGGCUUUAGCACAUUUUCUUGAAGGUAAAUUGUGAGAAGCGGCUAAGAGUGUGAAUAGUAUUUUACAUACAUCAUGAUAUUGGCAUUUGAAGAGGACUUCUUUUAGCAUUUGAAAUGCUUUCCUGUUUGGGAUUUUGUUUCUUUGUGUUGAAGACCUACAAUUUAAUUCUGUUUCGAUUUUUGUUUUGUUUGUUUUUAUACAAAAAGAACGACAUGCUCUGUGAAUGCUGAAUUCCAGUCAAGUUUCUGUAUUGUUUGGUGAGAAAUUUGCCUGGUGUCGCCUUUUAUUGUACAAAAUUGAAUGUCAAAUAAAUUCCACCAUCCAAUUUUAA